AUGUACAACCAUGGUCUGGAAGAUUAUUUAAAAUGGUUUUAUUCAAGGUCAGAAAGGUUUUACAAUUUCUGCCACCAUUUAGAGAGAUUCGAAAAUUUAAUUUUACAAGUCGGACCGAGGUUUGGAAAGUUAGAUAUCCAACGCAAAGAAGUCACAGUCAUGAAUCAAUAUGUGGCACUUACUGAAAUCAUGCAGACGCCCAACUACCUACCCGAGUCUUUGAAGCCAAUUCUUAUCUUGACAAAGGACACAACAGCAUCAGCACAUUUCAUAGUUAGCUUUUGGUUAAAUAUUGUCGAAAGAAAAACUUACGACACCGAUUUGGAAACUCUAGAUGGAGUUUUCUUGUUAAAGGUAGAAGAUUCUGAUGAUGUUACUGAUUUGAAUAUAAUGAUGAAGGAAAGAUUCAAAAUGAAAAAGUCUUAUUACUCUCAAAGAAAACUCAUUAUCUUUGAAUGUAUCCACACAGAUAUUUUCAAAUUGAAAAAAAUCUAUAAUUUGGCCUGUUCUUGCGAGUUUAUAUCAUGCAAUUUUAUCAUUAUCACAAAGAUCGAAAAGCAGAUUGUACUUGAUUUAAAAUUACAUGUGGAGUGUUUUUUCAUUGCUGAUAAAAUUGAAGCAUUGCGUGUAUUUAGUAUACGCCAGAAGGUAUGGAUAGAUGGACAGAAGUUAAGCAAAAGCAUCGAUCAAAUAGUAUCAAAGAGGAAUUGUAUUUUAUGGCAGAAAGACACAAUAACAAAAAUUUGUUUUGAGAAUAUUCACCCUCUAAAUGACAAUGCAACGAUAUGCGUUCCAAAAGAUAUAAAGAGCAUAGAAAUCACCAGAUGCUGUCACAACAUUCGGAUAAUGCACUUUGCAUAUCAUUUAGAUAUAUUACAGCUUGGAAUUGCUGAAAAGACUUUUCAGGGAAACACUCUUACUUCAACGUUGACAACUGUCGUCGUAAAUUUUGAAUUAACAGAUCACAUCUUUAACAGAGAUGUAUAUGAGUCAUUUGCUUUUGGCAUUUCUAAAGCAACUCAUAUUAAAUCGUUACACUUGUGUAACAUGAAAUUUGGGAGGAAAUGUAUUACUGUUGAACUUCAAGAAAAAAGUAUUGAAAAGGUACGGCAUUCUAUAGAGUCAAAGGAGGACUAUUGCCGUUUUGGAGCUUGCAUUUUAGGUCCGCAUCUAGGGAAUAUUUCGUUUGACAAAGAAGAUGUUAGAGCUGAGGAAAGAAAUUCAUUUGUGCAACAAAUAAUGUUAGAUUUGAUAUGCUAUGAACUUGUGAAAACAAACAGCUCUGUAUCAGAAUGUUAUCCUUCAGAAAUGAAAGAUGGUGCGAUUAAACUGAUUUGCUUCGUAAACGAUGAAGUUCGGAUAGAUUUCUUUAAAGGAUUCCCUCUUUUAAAAAGAGAUUGCAACUACAUCAGUAAAGAAUCGCUGUUAGCAGAAAAUUCAUGUGACAGAGAGGACAAUGCCUUUGUAAAAGCAACAGAAGAAGAAUUUGUUGAUAUAAAUGAAACGCUUUCAUUCCAUGCAGAAGCUCUUAUGACAUCUCAUAGAAAUUUGGAAGCUGUAAAAGUUAGUUUUGUCCAGCCUAAGGAAGUUAAACUAGCACAUUCUAAAUUAUGCAUAGUCUUAUAUUGUAGGGUUAAAGGGCAUAAACCAUAUGGCGAUCCUUCUUUCCCUCAGAGCCUUAAUCAUCCGUUUAAGUGCAAAACGUUUAGAACUGAUGUUCGGGAAGGUUAUUUCUCAACAUGCCCUGGUCAUAUUGGCCGCAGUACUGACUUCAACAAGACAUUAGCGUUAGGUUGUAGCAUUGGAGAAACUGAUGGAAAUCUUGCUGCGACUUUAGGGCCAUUCGUAAAUAUAAGAGAAACAAACGAAACCUGUUUUCUGACAGUUCGACAUGUAUUUGCUCCUACUUCACGUACAGAUAACAGUCUUACCGGAGUAAAAGUCGUUCAACCGGCUGACGUUCAUUUAACACCCGGUGCAGUUGUCCUGCCUAAUCGACAAUGUGGAGAGGUUAUAGCAAGUCAGAAAGGGGAGCAGAUCGAUGCUAGUAUAGUUAAGAUAUCUCCUGAAAGAUUACCUACAAGUGGUCAGUUUAUACAAUUGACCAACGAAGAUUUAAAUUUUGCAGGAUUAACGGAGGAACCAACAUACAAUGACGCUGAGUUUAUGGAUGCAAAAACUUUAACAGUCAAAGAUCAAGCCACGCGAAGAAUCAUCAAGAUCGGCUCUACAACUUCUCUUACGAAAGGAACUCUGUCAACAACAGAUGGGUGUGUCAGGGAAACAUUGGAGUAUUCCACAAUAGAAACAUUAUACAAUGGGACUAAGGAAACACUUCAAAUAACCAGUCAGUUAAUGGUGGAUUCUUAUUACAAAAAGGUAUUUUGCCAAGCUGGAGACUCUGGCUCUGCUGUGUUUUUGGUUGAUGAUGAUAAUCAUUUACAUUGUAUUGGAAUGCUUAUUGGUGUCAUAUGUAGUGAUCUCACAGCAAUUGUCACACCUAUUGAUAAUAUUCUGAAGAUUUUGAGCCAUAGGCUUGGUAAAACACUAGAGUUGAAAAAGUUCAGAGAAACAGAUGAAAUGGAUGAAUCUUAA